AUGGAUAUAUCACCAAGAGCCCUCCUUAAACUCCUCGUCCCGCGUCUACCAUUGUUGCUCACGACCGCCAUUUUGAACACAAUCUCUUUAUCGCCGAACUCGUCAAAACAGGACUUACAAACCGAGCUUACUGUGGUUAUCAUACGGUCUAUUAUCAGUGUGAGAAAGACAAUGAGUUAUCUGCAACAUAUCUCCAUGAAAGAUCCUGGGAUCAAAGGUCCUAUAUCGGUUGCGAAAGUGACAAUACCACCUCCCACAGACGAGGACGGCCCAAGAGUUGCUAUCGUUAGGGCCAUUCAGGAGCUGGGAGACGGUAGCGAAACAUACACCCUGCCGGAUAUUGUGAACGUGGAAGCCGAGUGGACUGGCUAUCGAAAAGGCGUCGCAAAGAAUGAGCCUAGGCCCGACCUCCCUGAAGCGGACCAGUACCGGGUAUUGAUGGCAGGCGUGUCAAAUGAGACCACGAUUCUGUACUUUCACGGCGGAGCCUAUUUUUUGAUGGAUCCUUGUUCGCAUAGACAGUCUGUCGCCCAUCUUGCAAGAUUGACUGGAGGAAGAGGCUACUCUGUGAGGUAUCGCCUCGCUCCUCAGAACCCCUUUCCUGCUCAACUGCUGGACGCGUUAAUAGCGUAUCUGUCUCUCCUAUCUCCGCCUGGCGGUUCCUUUCAUGAACCUGUACCUGCCAAAUCUAUUGUCUUUGCAGGAGAUUCUGCGGGCGCAAAUCUCGCCGUGACCCUACUGCAAUUGCUGUUGACGCUGCGACGGAUCGGCCUACGGAAUAUCAAGUUCCAUGGCGUCGAUGUUCCUAUUGAGCUUCCUGCUGGCGUGGCGCUCAACUCGUGUUGGGCAGACAUCUCGCGCUCGAUGCCCUCAAUCCACAAGAAUGCUCAAUUCGACUACCUGGAUCCGCCUACUGCUGAAGGGAUAUCCAAGGCGGAUCCGCUCCCAGAUGAUCUGUGGCCGGCGAGGCCUCCUCGAGCCGAGAUUUUCUGCAACGCUUCAAUGCUGGCACAUCCACUCGUCUCCCCACUGGCCGCACUCUCGGAGUUGUGGGAAGGGAUGCCACCUGCUUGGCUGUGCUUGGGCAAUGAAGGGCUAGAGGAUGAGAUCACUAUCCUUGCUCGCAGGAUGCAUCAGGGAGGUGGAGUGGUCCACUUCGUUGGCUACGAAGGAAUGCCGCAUUGUUUUGCGAUGAUAUUCCCUACCACCCCGAAAGGCAAAGAUUGUUACCAGCGACAAGCAAAGUUCAUCAUGAAUGUUGUUGUUGACGCGGGCCCAACCUCGAGUAAAGCGGUCUGGGUAAAGGCCUUCUCGAACCCGCCUGCCCCGAAGGAACUUGAUUUCGAACAUCUGAGCAAGCUCACCGAUGACGAGGUUUUCAGCGCUAUCGAUAGAAUGCGGAACCAUGCAAGGAGACGGGAGGAAGACGCCUUGAAGAAGUGGAACGAACAACAAUCUCGGGCGAAGCUAUAG